AUGGGAGACUCGAUCGACCCGACCCACAAGUCGGAUGCCGACCCCAAGGGGCAACUCGACAAUGACUUUGAGAAACAGGUCGGUCGGGUCGAGAUGACGGCCGAUCUUAAGAGGAGGUUGGCCACUCGGCAUCUGAUGAUGUUGGGAGUAGGCGGUACGAUCGGUACCGGGUUGUUUAUCGGAACUGGGAGUGCAGUUGCCAAGGCUGGCCCUGCCGGUUGUCUUCUCGCAUUCAUCUGGGUCGGAACGCUGGUUUACAGUGUCAUGGUUGGCUUGGCAGAGAUGGCUACUUACAUGCCUGUUACUGGCGGCUUUACCGUAUACGCCAGUCGCUUUGUGGACCCCUCCCUCGGAUUUGCUAUGGGCUAUAUCUACUGGUUCUCUUGGUGCAUCACCUUUGCCCUGGAAAUGACAAUAACGGGUUUGAUUAUCCGGUAUUGGCUCCCCCAGGUGUCUCUGAGCAUCUUUGUCGGUGUCUUUUGGGUUGCUAUAACUGCCCUCAAUGUUCUGCCCAUCAAGAUGUAUGGAGAGAUCGAGAUGUGGCUGUCCUCCAUCAAGGUCAUCACAGUCAUUGGCUUCAUCAUUUUCGGCGUUUGCAUCGACGCGGGUGCAGGCCAGGAUGGAGUCAUAGGCGUGAAGAACUGGCAAAACCCCGGCGCCUUUGCCCCUUACCUGCUGGAUCAGAUGGGCAACAACGAGUCUCUCGCUAAGUUCGCCGGAUUCUGGGCUGUGCUGGUGCAGGCCGGGUUCUCGUACCAGGGCACUGAAUUGGUCGGUGUCGGCGCCGGCGAGACGCACAACCCACGCAAGACCGUUCCCCAGGCCAUCAAGUGGGUUUUCUGGUCUAUCAUCACUCUUUUCGUGCUCACCGUCUUUAUAAUUGGCCUUCUCAUUCCUUACACCAACGAGGCUCUCAGCAGCGGCGAGAACAACGCAUCUGGCUCGCCCUUUGUCAUUGCUGUGGAUCUGGCCGGCGUGCGAGUGCUUCCGCACAUCAUCAACGCCGUCCUCCUCACCGUCGUCCUCAGCGCAGCCAUUGCCAACGUCUACUCGGGCUCUCGCGUCCUCGUCGGCCUGGCGGAGGAGCACCUCGCUCCCCGCUGGAUGAUGAAGACUACCUCGUGGGGCGUUCCCUACUACGCCAUCGGCUGUACGGCCAUCUGGGGUCUCCUGGGCUUCCUGAACGAAUCGGAGGGCGGAACGACUGUGUUCAACUGGCUCAUGAACAUCUCGGGCGUGGCCGGUUUCAUCUCGUGGACCUCGAUCAACGUCUCGCACCUCUUCUUCCGCCGGGCGCUCAGCGUUCAGGGAAUCCCGGCGGAGCAGCUGCCAUACCAGGCGCCCGCGCAGCCGUGGCUGACGUGGUACGGCAUCUUUUUCAACCUGCUCAUCAUCAUCACUCAGGGCUUCACCGCGUUCCUGCCGUGGAGCGUGACCGAGUUCUUUGUCGCUUACGUGAGCCUGAUCCUGUUUGCCAUGCUGUACAUUGGCCACAAGGCCUGGACGCGGUGCGGGUUCGUCAAGGCGCACGAGGCCGAUCUGGUCACGGGUACCUACCCUGCGGAGUAG